CCUCCGUUCUUUCAUGGCGGAGAAAAUCGGCUGGGCUCCGUCAGGAGGCUUCAGCGGUGUGUGCGCGGGUAUGUGCGCUGUAGUGUGUGUUGCAGUGCGUGUUGUAGUGCGUGUGCGUGUGCCCGACACUCGGAUGCUGUCCGCGGAUGAAAGGAGCCGCUGGGUUUUUUCCGGACGGCCCUGAACGCCUCCUCCUCGGCGGCCGCCGGUGUUCAAACAGGCUCCGCUUUUCCUCCUUUUCACCGUUUUUCCUGUUUUCUCUCCGUCUUCUGCCUGGAACCGGGAUGAAGUGACGGCGGCUCCCGCCCCCGCUCCGCCGCUCCGCCGCUCCACCGCCAGCAGCUCCCGCCACAGACCAGCUUCUCUCUUGGCGUUUGAUUUUUUUUUUCGGACUUGAGAAAAAAUGUUGACGGGAAAUAAAACGACGUUCAAAGUGCGACAGAUGCCUCCAGACAUCAAGGAGAGGAUGCUGAGUCAGAGCGGGGCCGGCGCCAGGACCCGAGACCUGCUGGGUCUGCGCUGCCUUCCAGGAGAGUGUGUCCUGCAGAGGGUGGCGCUGGUGAGGAAGAAGCUGGCGUCCAGGGAGGGGCGGGGCUGGCUGUCCGGGACGCUGUUCUGUACCCCCUUCAGGGUGGCCUUCACCCCCCAGGACGGCCCCCGAGCUGACGACAAUGCCGACCCGGUUCUCCUGGGAGACCACGACGUGGCUCUGGCCUCCAUAGAGAAGGUCGUCGUCGUGGGGCCGAGCCGGACCAAGCUGCUGACCGCCUCCUCGUCCCUGAAGUUCACCCCGGAGGAGCUGGUGCUCUACUGCCGCGACAUGAGAGUGAUCUGCUUCCUGUUCGACCGCCUCACUCCGGACGCCCAGGUCAUCGAGAUGAGCUUCACCAUCGCCAAGACCUACCAGCCCCCCAGGCCGGGGGCCGUCUUGUCUUUCCAGAACGCUGCUCUGGGGAGCGUCGAGAUGAAGCAGUUCCUUAGCAACCGUCGCCGUGACGACCGCAUGAACUGGUUCGAGUCGGCGGCGGACUGGGAGCAGGAGGUGGAGCGAUGUGGAGCCUCCACCUGGAGGGUGAGCUCCGUCAACGACCGCUUCGAGAUGUCCACCAGCCUGUCCAGGUUCAUCGUGGUUCCUCAGAAGGUUUUCGACACGGAGCUGAAGAAAAGCUUCGCUCACUUCCAUGAAGGCCGAAUCCCGCGCUGGUGCUGGAGACACCCUGGAGGCAGCGACCUGCUGAGGAUGUCCAGCUUCCAGAACAACAUCUACCACGAGAAGGACGACCUGAGGAACCUGGAGCUGGUUCUGUUCGGCUGCCAGUCGGCGGUGUGUGUGGUGGUGGAGCUGGGAGACGAGCUGCCGUCGCCUGCAGACAUCCAGCUGGCUCACAGCCGCCUGCGCAGCCUCUGCCUGGGAGAUAUCUCCACGUCGGUGUCGGUUCCGGAUGAUAAGUGGUUCUCCACCCUGGAGAACACCCGCUGGCUGGAGUACUCCAGGGCCUGCCUGAGGAAAGCUGCAGAGGUUGCCUGCCUGCUCCGCGGAGGUCACCUGACCGUGGCGCUGCAAGAGGCGGAGGACCGGGACCUGGCCUGCGUGGUGUCCAGCCUGGUCCAGGUGUUGUGCGACCCCCACAGCCGGUCUCAGCUGGGCUUCCAGAGUCUGGUCCAGAAGGAGUGGGUGACGGCCGGACACCGCUUCCACAGCCGCGGCAACUAUCACCGUGACAACGACAAGGACGAGGCCCCGGUCUUCCUGCUGUUCCUGGACUGCGUCUGGCAGCUCUGGUCUCAGUUUCCGUCCCGCUUCCAGCUGACGGAGGACUUCCUGCUGGCGCUGCACGACUCCGUCCAGCUGCCGCUCUUCUCCACCUUCCUGUCCAACUGCCAGCGGGAGCGCUGCAGGAGACCGCAGAACUCAGGACAGUCGUACACUCCGGUCAAUGGUUGGAGGGACGUCCUGGUCCCGGACCCGUCGGACCCGUCAGACCCCCCCCUGCCCCCCGUGUGGGACUGGUCCCUGCAGCACAGCAAGGACGCCCAGGACCGCUUCACCCAGCCCGUCCCCCGUCCCCCCCGUCCCCCCCCCCUGCUGAACGGGAACCUGAACACCAGCCUGGACCCCCAGCGGCUGGACUCCGCCCCCGGUUCCGUGUUCCUGUUCUCUCGGGGGACGUUCUCCUGCCCCCCCGGCCUGCCGCCCUGGCGCAGCGCCGUCUACAGGAAGAGCCACCGGAGGGCGCCGUCCUCGGAGAGCGUCCCGGGCCUGGAGCGGCUGCUGAAGACCUGGACCUGCGGGGGGACCCCGGAUCCGGGCGGGCCCCUGCUGCCCCUCCUGCUGGGGCCCUGCCUGGGGCUGUGGAGGGGCUGCUACCUGCGGGGGGCGCUGCAGGCCCAGGCCUUCUCGCACCCCGCCUCCUCCGACCACGCCCACCCGGUGGAGCGCCUGGCCCGGGAGGUGCAGCACCUGCAGGAGAAGCUGGCCCAGGUGGACCCCGGCCCCCCCGGCCCCCCCGGCCCCCCUGCCGGGACCGCCCGGACCUGGAACGCCGACUCCAACCUGAACCAGAACUCCAACAACGGAACCUUCCUGUUCCCAGCAGCCCCGCCCCCCCCCGCCUCCGCCCAGCACCGCCGGCCCCCCCGGGCCGCAACCGCCACGUCCAGGUCCGGGAACCGGGACCCCGGCGCCGGCGCCAAGCACACCUUCCUGUUCAGACCCGAUCCGCGCUCCGACCCGCCGGCCGGCGCCGCCGCAGUGCCCAAGAGCAACGGGCCGUCGCUCGCCUCCUAGCCCCGCCCCUAGCCCCGCCCCAUCCCGCCUCCCAGCCCCGCCCCCGGCCCCGCCCCCGGCCCGACUCCCAGCCCCAGUCUGGCCUGGCCCGCCUGCACCAGGUGGAACCAGAACCAUCCUCGCCGGUCCCAGAACCUGAC